AUGGGGAAAGCUUCAAGGGAUAAAAGGGAUAUAUACUAUCGAAAAGCAAAAGAAGAAGGUUGGCGUGCUCGCAGUGCCUUCAAGCUUCUUCAGAUUGACGAGGAAUUCAACAUAUUUGAUGGAGUGAAGCGGGUCGUCGAUCUUUGUGCUGCCCCUGGUAGCUGGAGUCAGGUUUUGAGUAGGAAAUUGUAUCUCCCAGCAAAGAGUUCAUCAGAUUCUAAGGAUGGUGAUGUGCCCCUUAUUGUAGCUAUUGAUUUGCAGCCCAUGGCUCCAAUUGAAGGUGUUAUUCAAGUGCAGGGUGAUAUAACUAAUGCUCGAACCGCUGAAAUCGUCAUCAGACAUUUUGAUGGUUGCAAGGCUGACCUGGUUGUGUGUGAUGGUGCUCCAGAUGUUACUGGCCUUCAUGACAUGGAUGAAUUCGUUCAGUCCCAGCUGAUACUAGCAGGUUUGACGAUUGUUACUCAUGUACUUAAAGAAGGUGGAAAAUUUAUUGCAAAGAUAUUCCGUGGAAAAGAUACAAGUCUUCUCUACUGCCAGCUGAAACUAUUCUUCCCCUUAGUGACUUUUGCAAAACCAAAAAGUAGUCGCAAUUCCAGCAUAGAGGCAUUUGCAGUUUGUGAGAAUUAUUCUCCUCCUGAUGGAUUCAACCCUAAGGAUCUGCAUCGCCUCCUAGAAAAGGUGGGAAGUCCCUCAGGAGCAGAUGAUCUAGAUUGCAGUAGUGGGUGGUUGGAAGGGCCAAAUAAGGUGUAUAUUCCAUUUCUAGCUUGUGGUGACCUCAGCGGAUAUGACUCUGACCGUUCAUAUCCACUACCUAAAGAUGCCCAGGGAACUUACCGGAGCUUGGAUCCCGUACAGCCCCCAAUAGCCCCUCCUUAUAAGAGAGCUCUAGAAAUGAAGAAAGCUUCCAGCCAGGGCAUCACAGAGCUUGAGAAGCUUUCUUUGGAGUCAUGA